AAGUUUUGGUUGAGAACACUGGGGAUUAAGGCCUAGCUCUGAGAUUCUACAGAUUGUGUUUCUGCAUCACACAAUGUCCAUGGAAAUUGAAGCGACUGUUCAGAACCGUGGGUUACCUCAUUUGGACACUGGUUUACCUAAUAUGGAUACCGGUUUACCUAAUUCGGAAUUGGAACCAUCUACCGGUGAUGGACCUACUUCAUUUCAGCAGAACACCCCUUUAGAGUCUGCAACACAGCCAAGGUUGGAUCAAAAUCCUAUGAAAUUAGGAUCAAUGUCCAAGCGAGAAGAAAUACAAGAACUAGCCCAGCAGUUGAUUAAUAACAUCAAUGUAAAAAGAAAGUCAGAUGCCACUCUCAUUGUUGACUUUAAGAAAGAUCUGUUGGAGAAAGUGACUGAGUCUUGCAAAACCCUUGAUUUGUACAUGUUCCAAUGCUAUGAACGCAACGGAAGUGUAAUGCACAGCAAACUACAAGCGUUGUUUGCUACACUUGAACGAAUACAUAAGCUUGAACUGGAGCUGGAUGAAUUUAAACAAGCACUUGGGGUCUUUUACAAUGAUAUUCACUAUGAUUCCCACAAGUAAUAAGCCAAUUCAUAAUUAGAACUGCACAUGCUCCUAUCCAAGGUCAAUUGAGGUCAAGGUCAAUUUUGUUUGUAUUGUGUUUAUAUCGAUUGACAUUGAUACGAGCAUGCGCAGUUCUAACUAUGAAUUGGCUUAUUUGAUUAUUUAGACAUUGCCACAGUCUCUACCAUUAUGAUCACAGGCUUGAAGUCUGCCAGAGACAUUUGUUAAUACAACUGAUAAGGAACUUUGAUGGGUAUUGCCUGUUAAGUUUCUACAACUGAGCACUGUUAACAAUAUUAUUAUGCUAAACAGCU